ACGGCCUGAAUAUGUCGACCGACCGCGGUGCGGGGUAUGCGCGCAACGUACGCUAAGAUACAUCUGCGAACAUGAGCGUGGCGAAUUCCGUCGGUUGAGCGCGUCCGGUUCGUGUCAGCGGCAUCGCGUCGUCGAGGAGUCGGGACGGCGGCGGCCACUGCUGCGUAACUGUAUUCGCCGUCCGGAGAUCCAGAUCAGGUCUCCGGAGGAGGACGACGACAACGAGGAGCAGCAGGAGGAGGAGGAGGUGUUGGUGGUGGCGGCGGCGAAGGAGGAGGAGGAGAAGUCCAGUUGCGAGAGAGCGAGCGAGCGAGCGAGUGCCGUGUCGUGCCGUACCGCGUCGUAUCUUACGAAGCGCGAGACACUACACCUCUCCUGAUAUCCCGUAUCGUUCCGGGGGCGGUGAUCGCAGCUGCCGAGGAUUAGCCCGAGCGGAGCGGAGCGUAGCGGAGCGCGGGGAGCCUUAUGUCAAGUCGGUUCGCGGUCGGGAGAGAGGCCGAUGACGACGAGGGGAAGGCGCGCCAACAUGAAGAAGCUAUUCUCGAAGAUCGACAACACGUCGAAGGAACCCAGCAGUUACCUGGGGAAAGUGUUCGUAGUGGGCCGACACACUGUCACAGUUGAGGAGGUCCUGGCGGAAGGAGGGUUUGCAAUUGUAUUUCUGGUCAAAGCUUCCGGUGGACGGUAUGCGCUUAAACGGAUUUACGUCAACAAUGAAUAUGAUCUCAACAUGUGCAAGAGGGAAAUACAAAUCGCCAGCAACUUGAGUGGUCAUAAGAAUAUCAUAGGAUAUGUAGAUAGUAGCAUAACUCACACCGGCGGAGGAGUACAUGAACUUCUACUGUUAAUGCCUUAUUGUAAAUCCCAGCUUCUUCAAAUGAUGAAUAACAGGUUGCAAACAGGUUUCAGUGAGUCAGAGGUUCUUCAGAUUUUUUGCGACGUCUGCGAAGCCGUGUCUCGGUUGCAUCAUUGCCAAACCCCCAUAAUUCAUAGAGAUCUCAAGGUGGAAAAUAUACUGCUCGCCGACAAUGGUAACUACGUUCUUUGUGACUUCGGAUCCGCGACAGGGAAGGUUCUUAAUCCUAGUGUUCACGGUACCGCGAUAGUCGAGGAAGAAAUCAAGAAAUACACCACUUUGAGCUACAGAGCGCCCGAGAUGGUCGACAUGUACUGCGGGAAACCCAUCACUACGAAAGCUGAUAUAUGGGCUUUGGGAUGUCUGCUGUAUAAACUUUGCUACUUCAUAUUACCAUUCGGCGAGAGUACGCUCGCCAUACAGUCUGGAAAUUUUACCAUACCGGAUAACUUGAGAUACAGUAAAGCUCUUCAUUCUUUGAUCCGAUACAUGCUCGAGCCGGAUCCCGACGUGCGCCCAGACAUUUACCAAGUGUCCGUGAUCGCCUUCCAAAUCCAAGGCAAGGAGUGUCCCGUGACAAAUUUACACAAAGUCCCAACACCGACGAUAGAGUCAUUACCGUGUCCACCCAUGGAUUCCGAAAACAUUAAAAGAUCGGCAUCCGUGAAAACUCCGAAGCCCACGCCAAUAACGGCGGUCGAGGGCACGUCCGUGACGCCGAGACAGAGACCGAAAGGACAAGCCGUUAGCACCGGCCCGAUCAAUCUAGGCGGCCAGAUCGUGGGACAGAUAUCGGGCCAAGGGAGCCAAGCGCAAAAUCCACCGGGCAAUUCCAUUUCUUACGUUCAAGUGUCGCCUCAUGUUUGCACUCCCAGUCAAAAUAUCCCAUUUGGCCAGUCACCGGGGCAGUCGGCGCAGUACAGUCAAUCUCAGAGCCCGAUGAUCAGCCACUCACCUUUGACCCAGCAGUCGCCCGUGACCGUUCAAGACAAGAACUCGUUUUACUUCGACUCGAGGCAGCACGACGCGCGAGCCGCGACGAACGUGAACGAGACAAAUCUGGAGGCUCUGUUCCCACCGUCAGGAUAUCCGGAUCCGUUCAAGGACGACGCGAGAGCGAUGCCACCGCCCGCCAAGAUACCACCUCCCGUAGCACCGAAACCCGCGAAGAUCCUCCCGAAACUCUCCAAUCCCAGUUAUCCGUCGUCCAAGUAUCCGCCGGUCGCUUCGAUGCCGUCGAAAUUGUCCAUUCCUCCCGCGGGGCCUAACAAAGCGGCUCCGACGGUCACGCCGCCAGCUCUACCGAAGCCGGUCAAUAAAACUGAGAGCUUGAGCCAGAACAUCAGUUCGAGCACGUCUCCGCCCGAUAGUCCGACAUUGGCGUCUUCACGGCACAGGAGAAACGUUAGUGACACGAGCGCUUUUAACAAAGCGUUUGCAACUGAAACCACUCAAUUCUUAGCACCAUAUGAGGCUUCCGUUAAGCCACGUGCCGAUGAUGCCACACCUCCAGAACUUCCCAGUGAUAUAAGGCCUUGUAUAGCAACUAGUGCCUCGCAUGUACGUGUUGGUGAACUUUCGAGCCUAAUAGGAUCAGAAGGGAGAUCAUUGAGCGCGGAUGUAGCUGCAUGGAAUCCGUUCGAAGAUGUACAGCCUUUUAAUCAGUUAACAGAGGAUCAUAUCUUUGGUGCUGAAUUCGAUAAAAUAAGAAGAGGGAGCAACACCAGUAUCAGCGGAGUGAAAAGUCGCGAAAGCCUCGUUAUGACGUACACCGAAUUACCGGAGGACCCCUUUGAAUCCGCACCCUUUAGCCUGCCAACAGGGAAGAAGAACAAAAUUGGAUCAAAGACUGCUGCUAUCGCUGGAGAUAAAUCGAGGGCGGCCUUGGCGCAGUGGAGCUCAGGGCUGGAGGAGCGCGACGGGAACGGCGAGAGCGGUACCAUCGUUAGCGGCGGCGGGGGUGGCGGAGUCGACGGCGGCGCCGGCCUCGUCGGCGGGCUCGACGACGAGGCGUCGUUGAUCACGGAGUCGAGCCCGGUCUCGCCGCCGUUCGUGCGCGCCCCGGCGGAGGACCGCUCCAAGUACGAGAAGCUGGCGUUCAACGCGGACGAGGUGUCGAGCGACAGCGACAACAACAAGGCCGGCGCCGGAACGGCGAAGGAGCGCGCGAAGAAAGCGAAGCGGAGGCGGGUGAAGAACGUGCUGAGCCGCGGCAGGAGGCGGGCGCACGACUUGGACAACGCGAACCCGCCCGAGUACGAGUCGGACGACUCGAUCGGUUCGGCGAGCGACCUGCGGGCGAUGAACGACGAGGAGGGCAACCAGGACGAGGAGCACGACGGCGGGGGUCGCGAGCGCACCAUCGACGAGACCGUGUCCGAGAGCGUGCGCACCUGCGGCAGCUCGGCGUACCACGCGGAAUGCGAGUCCGUGGCGACGCACGAGGACGACUACCGGAUGAAGAGGCCGAAGAGGCACUACCGGGAGCAGCAGCAGCUGCCGACCAUCGACGCGGACCCGAUCGUCGGCCACCAGUACGGCGAGAAGCCGCUGCUGCUCGACGACGAGCUCGACCCGGAGUCGAAGCCGGAGCAGUCGCACGGCGAUCCGUUCGUGCGCCAUCAGUACGGCUCGAAGCCGCUGCUGUUCAACGGCGACAGCUCGUCCGACGACAACGAGCGCUCCAAGUCGCUGAACAACGGCAUCUGGAAGAUGGAGGACGACGUGUUCGCCAUGGCGCCGUUCCCGAGGUCCAGCAGCUCGAGGAAGAGCAGCGACAGCCGCGGCAGCGAGCCGAGGAACGUCGACUUGGCCAGCGGCAGGAACUCGCCGUCGCAUAACUCGAAUCUGGUCACGCCGAUCUCCAGCUCGCCCCCGGCCACCGUCGUCCCGCCCACGGAGGUGUUCGUGGACGUGGAGGGCAAGGCGUCGACGCCCAAGUCCGUUUUGUCCUGCGUCCAGUACUCCAAGAGCAUCGCCGUCGCCGGUAAGAAGCCGAUCUAUGAGGAGGCUCCAGCGAGCUUCCACCAGCCCGUUCAGACGUCGCCGUCGGUGAAGAACAGUCCUCACCGCAUCGCCGAGGAGGAAGGGGAGGACGAGGACGCCGAGAAGGACCUCUUCGGCUCGUCUCCCUUCAGUCCCAGCGGCUUCACCAACCCCUUCAACAACGUCCGGCCCGGCUACGCGAGCAUCGACGCGCCCCCGCAGCCGGCCAUGUCGACGAUCCUCGGCUCCCCGGGCUCCGUCUACCUCGAUUACGCCAACGUCCCUCUGCAGCGUCCGCACAAUCCGGCGGACGCCUAUUACGUCACAUCCGCCGGCCACCCGACGACGGUCGCCUCCGCGUCCAAGUUCGGCAUGGUGACGGUGAACCAGCAGACCGAGCCGGCGGUGGACGCCUCCAAGGACCUCUUCGGCUCAAUUCCGUUCGAGGAGUUCGCCUCCUUGAAGAUCAACGAGCAGCAGCGCCCGACGUCCUUGGCGUUGCCGCAGCCCCACUCGACCAACUACGUCGUCGUCGAGAACGUGACGAGCCUGCCGACGACCGGCGGCAGCGUGCAGUCGCCGAACUCCGUGGUCCACCUGGCGGCCACACCGCCGACGUCGCAGCAGGCCACCUACACGAUCCAGCCGACCGCGCACACCGCCCGGAUCACGGUGCACGCGGUCAACAGCGUCUCGAAGGUGGACAUCGCGUCCGAUAUGAUAUCGCCCAUGUCGCCCGAGCCGCUGGUCGGCCCGGCGGACGACGACACGCCCAAGCACAACAAGCGGGACAAGUCCAAGUCCGACCGGUCCAAGUACCACCUGAUCAGCGAGAACCACGGCGACGUGGUGAACGUGCUGCCGGCGAAGGUGUUGUCGCACAAGACCAAGUCGGCGGGCCACAAGAAGACUCCGAAGGGCAAGAGGAGCUCCGCCGCCACCGCCGGCUUCAGCAACAUGAGCUUCGAGGAUUUCCCCAGCGACGAGAACGAGGAGAAGCAGGUGGCGCGCACCAAGGUGGCGCCCUUCGAGGUGAUACGAGAGCAGUCGGAGAAGCGGUUCGGCUCGUUGAAGAGGAGGAGCAAUCCGUUCACCUGAAAUGAGCUCUCCGCCGGGACCGGUUAGCGCGUGCCGCUCCGCUCGUUCCUCGCGGAGCGGCCACGGGGUGACGAGGUCGUCGAUCGUGCCGGCCGAUGCGUUGUUGCACGGAAGACUCAGUUAACGUCUACUCUCGGUUCUCGGGCCGAUAAGCUGCAUUCGGCAUUGUAAAUCUGAAACGCGAGCUAGCGAGCAGCGUCACCGAGUCGAGCGAACCGAGCGUGAAAGUAAAAAGCCCGUCCAGACGGGAAAGGUGUAAAUUGAAGGGACGAUUUUUCAGGUGAAAGAGCGAUCCGACAUUUUCGACUUGCAAUGCCGAACGCAGCUGUAAUGACGUCGAACAUUUCCAGUUGCGUCCGAAUAUCCGUGCUCGUCGUAACUCCUGAUCGUUCGGCGAAUCAGCGAGCGAUAUUCCAAAGCGGCGAUCGUGACAAACAAAUAUUUAGAAAUCGUGCGUCUGGUUGGAACUUUUCGAUGUCCAAGGAAUGGGACUGCAUCGGAACUGCUCCUGUUUCCUCACGGCAACCAUCUUGACUAUGUCGGAAGCGAGAGGAAACGUUUGCCCAAAAUUCUUGCGGAAUACGCGGAAAUAUAAAGGACACGUCCAUAAAACGAUACUUGUGAUCAACUGAGCACGUUGAAAAAAAUGGGCUAGAAGGAAAGUUGCGUGUCACAUUGACUUGGCCGUUUGAUUCAACGUGUCUCGCGAGAAUUUUUGGCACGCGUUUUCUCACUUCUGACGUCAUCAAACAGGACCAGGAGGCUUAAACAAUGUUCUGUGCUCGUAUCGCAGUUAGCGUACGACUGCGGGGAUGUUAACACGUUCGCUACCAACGUCGUACAUACAGGUGGUACGCCGUCUCUCCCUAGAAACCGGUGUCACGUGCGCGUUAUGUAUUAAAAAAAAAGAAGACGCUCAAUUCGCCUGUUUAAAACAUUUUAUGUGUGCGCAAGUGCAGACGCGCACUAUAUUCGAUGCAGACGCUAAAAAUGCAGCGUGCGCCAUUCGCGAGCGACAUUCAAUUUUAACGUGGUAGCGAACGCUAAUUGGUAAAAAGAAAACAAGAAAGGAAAACAUCAGGUUAUCCCUCACGAACACCGGGAGGACGCAGUCGACAGAACGCAGGUUGUUAUACACUGUUGUACAGAGUUUCAGGUUCGAGGUGGUUCGCCUUCUUCUUUCCUCAGCUUCGAGAUUGCGCGAAUUUGUCAGCGAUGCGAAAUGCUCGAAAUGAGCGGAUAUCGCGCCCGUUUACACAUCGCCCGUUUCCGAAAUACGCGUUUGUGAAAAAAUGCAGGACAAAGAGGAGCGGCGCGAUAUAAAUAAUUUGCGAAAAGGUUUUUGCACAUCGAUUCGUUAUUUAUUCGGGCAGAAUCGUCAUCGAAGUAAUAUUAACGGUAAAUUUACUCGAAUUUAAUUUAUACCUCUUUUAACGCGUGAUUUGUUUCCUCAAUUUAACGUUAAAGAAAAAAGUUGCAAGAUGGCGAUAUGUAUUUUAAAGAUAUUUUAAAGGUUGUAAAGACGCAGAGAAAUACUGCUGUUACACACACACACACACACACAUAUAUAUAUAUAUAUUUAUAUAUCAUGAUUCUCCGACAUUUGUACAUUUUGCCAGUUAUUUUCUCACAAACGUUGACAAGGCGAUGUGAUAACAGCUAGUAAAGCUACGUACGUUUAUAUCAGAAGGCAUACACACACAUACACACGCAUACUGCAUGAGUGAAUAUAUUUAUACAUAUAUAUACCCACAUGCCUAACUGACAAAUGCGCGAUGAAUCGUAUAAAAACGUGAUUUACACCAGUCGGAAAGUAUUAAUUCAUAUACUAUCACUUUUUAAUUACUUUUUGCAUUUUUAGAAGAUUUACACAAAGAAAAUGUGAGAGGAAAAGAGUGAAAGAGAGAGAGAGAGAGAGAGAGAGAGAGAGAGAGAGAGAGAGANAGAAGUAGGAACCAGAAAAAACUGACAGAAACAAAAGACAUUAUGUGGAGGGAGGUGUUGAUUUGUACGUUAAAGAAAGAACGAGACAAAAAGGCACUCUUUCCAACAUGUUUUAACUGAAACCAGGUUGUGGGAACUUGGCAGCUUGAUACCAAAAAUGAUAAAUAGGUAGAGAAAGCUCGUGCAUCUAUUUUUGCAGCUAAGUCUUUUCGCUACGUUUGUACUUUCAAAUUUGUAGAUUUCUACUAGUAAUACAAUCUACCACCAGCUCUUACGAAGCAAUUUUUCUAAGAGAAUUAUCUAAUUAAUUAUAUAUACAUCUGUAAAACGUAAUCCUGUAGCGAAGUUUAGCAUCGACGAAAGAGGUAGAGAUGUAAAGAGAGAGAGGGGGGGGGGGGAAGAAAGAAAUUUUUACCGUGUAUUCAUGGUCUCUCAAGGGAGAGAGAGAGAGAGAGAGAGAGAGAGAGAUCAUAUAUAUAUAUAGAGUAUUCCUUACGAAAACUAUAGUAAUACAUAGUUCACAGGAAAUCCGAUGUUACAAAGGCGCAGAUAAUAGCACGUGAAGUGUAACCUUUAUCAUAUAAACGUAACCUUUAUCAUAUAACAUUUAUCCGCGACUACGUUAAGAAAAGAAGAAAAGGAAGAACGAUACGUCGCGAAGAAACACACGAUCCGCCUAAAAGGGAUUGGCCUUAUCGUGUAAAGACUGACUUUCGUUUAACAGUCUCGAUUGAUGUUCAGAUUCAGCACAAGAUGGCUAUAGUUCUUUCAGGUGAUCGCUUAGAAUUCGACGACACAAUUAUGCACACGAGAUGCGAAUUGUCCAACUAUACUGAGAAACGACGUGGCUUUUGCACCGGUGAUAAUCAAGACCGUUGAACACGGUGUAGAAGUAGAAGUGUUAUUGGUGCUGGUUAGAGUAACGGUGCCAGUAGUAAUACUCAUACUAAACGUUUAUUUUUAUCACAAUGCUGAAUUCACGAAAACAUACAUACAGACACGCAGGUGUUUAAUUAUUACUCCGUCUAUACCGAGCUCGAACGAAAUAGGGAUGGGAUUUUUAUAACUUUCGAGAGUUAUCGUUUUAAUCGUAAAUUUUCUACUGCUAAUACUGCGCCUUUCUAAUCGAGUCCAAGGCGGACAAGAUCUAGUUCAGUGUAAAAAGAUGUGACAAUAUUCUAGAGAAGAGAAAUGUUUAUAAUCUAAGUGUUUUUAUGCGCACGCAUAUUACACAUACAUGUAUACAUAAAAAAAAGAGGAAAAGUGUAACAUAAUUUGUAGAUAUUAGCUCAUAUGAUUAGGUGCCUUCCUUUACUAAGUAGCGUUCGAAGCUUGCGGUCUUUGCUCUGUCUCGUGUAGUAUAUAAAAACGAAGAAAACCGAUAGUAUUAUAAGAGAGAAACAGAGUCAAUUGUAUUUGUAUGUAUAAGGGAUAGCAUCUGAAAGUUUAUUUUCAGUUUAGUUCCUAUGCAUAUA